UGACUCACUGAACCCAAAGUCUCCAAAAAUCCCUUCUUAUGAGUGGAUCAGAAUGGCUGUGGACACAGGAGGUUGCCAGCUGCUGCUUUUCCUUUGUGUUGUGCUGAAGACCUGUGGGAGUCUCCACAACGAUGCUACUGAGCUGCUCAGUGCCCAUGUGGCCUCCACACUUCAGGAAACUCCGAGCAACAUGUCUUUAAAUGGAGCACGCGAUGGUGGAAGGAGCACGGACGAUCAAGUGGAAAUUGAUCGGUCUCAGCUGGGCUGCAGGGAGCUCAGGUCCACUAAGUACAUCUCAGACGGGCAGUGCACGAGCGUGCAGGCCGUGAAGGAGCUCGUGUGCGCCGGUGAGUGUCUCCCCGCCCACCUGCUGCCCAACUGGAUCGGGGGCAGUUACUGGGCGCGGCGGGAUGCGCGCUCGUGGCGCUGCGUGAAUGAUGCCACUCGGAUGAAGCGCGUGAAACUGCGGUGCCGCGAUGGCAGCACGCGCUCCUACCGCAUCGCUGCAGUGACGUCAUGCACGUGCAAGCGGUUAGCACGCCGCCACAACGAGUCCGGGCCUCUACAGGACAGCAAAGGAGAAAAAAAUGAAGGCAAAAGUUAAAGGGGCACAGAUUAUUCAGCUCUACUGCAGGGGCAGUGGCCCCUGACAGACCAGUGAGGUCAGACAACGCCGAGGUGUGAUAGCCUAAGUGCAGCGUAUUGGAUUGAUGUGGUAUACAGUACUGUGUGUGUGUGUGUGUGUGUGUGUGUGUGUGUACACUUGGUGUACAGUACUGUGUGUGUGUU